CUUCCAAAAAAGGCCAGUCCAUGUUUGGGCUCAGCGAUUCUGAGCCGUGCAAAUUGGCGAGCCCUGGUUUUUCUCCACUAAUAUCGCGCUCUGGUAAAGAAGUGGAUGUGGCUUUUGUUUGAGGCUGAGGUUAUUACCACGAUGAUGAUGGGCACGCGAAGCCCAUUACUACCGAAACCAUUUCUGUUUCAAUGGAGAAUCAGAGAUAGAGGCCCCUCUUUUUCUACUAGAACUUCUUCUGCUUCUUCUUCUUCUGCUGCUGGAGAUGAUCAGGGCGCAUCCGCCGCAUCCCCUUAUGAGAUCCUUGGGGUGGACCCCACCACCACCCCCUGCUCCCCUGCCCAGCUCAAAGCAGCCUUCCGAGCUCGCGUCAAGGAAUUCCAUCCUGAUGUAUGUAAAGAUAACGUAGAUGCAGGUGCAAUAAUCCAACGUGUAAUUCAAGCAUAUGAGAUUUUGUCUAAACGCCAUGAUCUUGAGGAUACUGAAGGGGCAUGCUUAGAUCCAUUUGAUGAGCCAGAAUGUGAGGCCUAUGAUCUCUUCAUCAAUGAAGUUCUUUGUCUUGGCAAAGGCUGUCCAUAUUCAUGUGUGAAAAGAGCACCCUAUGCCUUCUCAUUUACUGCUGAAAAUGGUACAGCGCGUGCCACUUCUCAAGGGCAUAAUGACGAUUACCAAGUCCAACUUGCUGUAGGGCAGUGCCCAAAGAGAUGCAUACAUUAUGUCACACCUUCUCAAAGAGCUGUUCUUGAAGAUUUACUUGACAGCAUCUUAAACGAUCCUUAUAAUAUGGGUGACGCGGCCUUGAUGGAAUCCCUUAUUAGCAAAGCAAUAUUUGAGAACAAUAGGUAUCAGGAACCCAAAAGGCGGCCAAAGGCUUCAACUGAGUAUGUCGAUUGGUGUUGAUAUAACGAGAAGGAUCAUAGACCAUCCGUAGAACUUGUAAGAAAUGUGAAUCGUGUAGAUCACCAAUAAAAAGUUGAAGUGUGACUAAUAUAUAGUCUACUUGUGUAAAAGUCUCAGGCUUGAUGUAUCUUUCCUCGUCUUGUGUAUGUCUUUGUGUGUAUAUGUAUUGUAUUGUAUUAUCUUGCAUUAUAUGUGUGAAAUACUGAUGGUCAUAUUGUUAAGAUCA